CGAUCUACGGCUCAAAUGCAUCUGUGACGCAAACAUAGCAACGCGUCGCGUAACGAUAAACCAUGUUGUUUUCUCCGCAUCAACCGAGACCGAGAGUCCUGCCAUGGAACUGGAGGCUGGCUGUCCAUGAGAGAAACGAGAUGAUUAUGACAUGUUGUUAGCGAACCAACUUCGCUAUUUCAGCAGGCGAGACUCGCGCUACUUCUUCUCCAUCGUAAACUCCAAAGUUGUUGCUUCAGCGCGCUCUCUUUCAGUGCCCGCCCCAGCAAUGGAGACCAGUUCAACCUGUGCGUUAGUUUUGAGUGGAAAAACAGCGGCUGAGAACGAAACUGCCAAAUUGCUGAAGAGGAAUAACACUCUGAAGCUCCCUGACGAUACUGGACUUUCGGUUUUUCUACACUCAGAAGCGGAUAAGCAUUUGGAGGAAAAUGGUUUUCAGAUUGAUUUGUAUAUGAAUUCUCUUUCUACUGAUGCUUUUGGUAGAUUCCUCAUUUGGUGUCCGCGGAUUCCUUCAACUCAAGACGUCAUUUCUCACAACUUCAGCGACCUUCCAUUGGGUUCUGUCUGUGUGGCUGAUGUUCAGUUCAAGGGAAGAGGUCGAUCGAAGAAUUUGUGGGAAUCUCCCCCUGGUUGCCUUAUGUUUUCCUUUACCAUUCAAAUGGAAGAUGGGCGUAUUGUUCCUCUACUACAGUAUGUUGUAUCUCUUGCUAUUACCGAGGCCAUAAAAGAUAUUUGCGACAAAAAGGGACUACCCUAUAUUGAUUUGAAAAUAAAGUGGCCAAAUGAUCUUUAUGUGAAUGGCCUGAAACUUGGAGGCAUUCUGUGCACUUCAACAUAUAGAUCAAAGAAGUUCAACGUUAGUGCUGGUAUAGGCUUGAAUGUGGACAAUGAUAAACCAACGACAUGCUUGAAUGCAGCUCUUAAAAAUUUGUCCAGUACACCUGACAAGUUCAGGAGGGAGGAUAUCUUAGCAUCCUUUUUUAACAAAUUUGAAAGAUUGCACGAUAUUUUCAUAAAUCAAGGGUUUCAGGCUCUUGAGGAACUUUACUAUCAGACAUGGUUGCACAGUGGGCAAAGAGUUAUUGUACAAGAAAAGAAAGAAGACCAAGUAGUGGAAAAUGUAGUCACUAUUCAGGGUUUGACAUCUUCAGGAUAUUUGCUAGCUAUUGGAGAUGACAACCAAAUGUGCGAGCUCCAUCCCGAUGGAAAUAGUUUGGACUUUUUCAAAGGACUGGUCAAGAGCAAACUGGAGUGAGAGUACUGCUUUUUCACUUUUCAACAGGUGGCUGGCUAUGAGCUGUAUGGAAUGAAAUCAUGUGCAAUAAGAAGAACGCAUAUGCUCUCUUUUAUUUUUGGCUAACAAUUCUCUCUGUUUCUAUUUAUUGUGGAGGAAAGAAAGAGGGACGUCUUACUUUUUAUGUUUAAACAAUGAGAUCUCUACUGAACUUGUAAAUAUUAUUUAUCUUUAAACUUACUCAGGAGGGUCCAGGUUCAGAACAUGCUAUAUUUUUGUAUCAUCCGAAUGAACGUGAAGGAAUUCCGAGUGGGACAAUUUGCACUGGAUUAAAGCUGUCCCGGCCACAAUUGGUAUAAUCAGUCAGUCAGCAGUCUUUUGUUAGAAACUUAUAAAUUCUCUGCCACUUUAUUGCCAGCUGUUGAGCUUGAAACUGAAACCCCGUUAUGACAGAAAGGUGUUGUUUUGUAACGAUACGUUGUGACGGAGAAGUGAUACAACUAAUUUGAACUUUACAAAAGGGCAAAAGAUUCCUGUGACGAGGCGCCAUGUCAGACCCAGAAACUGGUAUGUCUUCUCUUUCCUUGCGGCCGUUUGGGCUUUUUGUUUAAGGUUCACUAUCAUAAGAGAGAAAGGGCUUGGCUAGCCACAUGCAGAACAGUAGAUGGAUUGAAUGAUGGAAAAGUUAAACUAAAGUUUGGUCUCCAAGUUAGUGUCUA